AUGGGCAAUCUCACUGGGAGACCUGAAAUGGCAGCCGACACGCCACCUUUCCGACCUCGACCGGCAGAGCGCUUGCCGCGACCUGUUGAAGUACAGACUUCACAGGUCUUCUUUGCAGGCAUCCCGUCCGACAUGGACGAGGAUGCCCUGCGAGCCUUGUUCCACCAGGUCGGGGUGGUCAAGGAACUCACGCUUCUGAGGCGCGAGGAUGGCACUUCGCGCGGAAGGGGCACCUGCAUCUUCGACGAGCCCCCCACGGCAGCAGCCGCCAUCCGAAGGUUCAAAUACCGUAAUGUUGGCGGCUCUAUAAUCUGGGUCACGGAAGACCGACGCAGAAAAGGUGCUGCGGAGGCGCUGCUUCCUGCAGCGGUGUCAGCGCAGAAGCUGGCUGAAGAGCAGCCGGCAGUUGCAGCUGCCCCGAUGGACUCUUGCCAGGCAGAGGUGGAAGCAGCCAUGCAGCCAAAGGCGGAAGCAACCAUGCAGCCAGAGGCAGUCGGCCGAGUCCUUCCUCGCAGAGGUCCAGGCUGGCAGGCCUCAAUGGAGGAGUUUCUGUUUGGGUGUCCAGAGCCCGCCCUCCGCGUGCGCGACCGGUCGCCCUCAGUACAAGGACCCUGGCGAGGCCGCUGUGAGUCCCCGGAGCGCGAUCCAAAGCGCAUUAAGCUCCAGCGGGGAAGGACGCCGCCCAGAAGGAAGAUCCUCUGGGUUCGCAGAGUGCAGGUGCCGUGA